AUGCGCCCUGACAUCCCCGAGUCGUCUCAAGUGACUUCCGAGAGCCCAAGGGAUGUGCCCCCGGUUGUGGACGCUGGGGCCAUUCUCAUUCCCGGACUGAACAACCCAUGCAGGUGUUGCAUGCAGUAUGAGCUGCCAUGCACCACCAGGUUCAAUAAGCAAAAGGGCACAGCCCUUAUGUCGUGUGUCCUGUGCAUGACGAAGAAAGUGAAGUGCAUCUCAGCACAUCUCAGGACCCUUGCUGCCACCACACGAGGGUGGUCUACUGAGUGGACGAGGGCCUCAUUGACAGGCCCAUUGACCUCCCAGUCGAAGGUGCAGACCCGAAGUCAAUCCCGGGGGCCGUCGGUAGCUCCGAGUGAGCCCUGGGGCAACCCCCCCAAGCCAUGGUCCCAGGGCCGAAGCAAGCCCACAGGCUCAGUGACGAUGCCCAUCCCCCCUGCAGCUGUCAUUGCAUCAUCGAGUUCGGCUGCCCCCCAUGCAGCCCAGGACUUCCUGAUCCUGGACCUCCACUGGAUGUUGAUCGCGAUUCGCGAGAGCACGAAUCACAUCGCAGCUCUGGAGGCAUGUGCCUCUGAACAGGAGAGCACAAUUGAUAUGCUCCAAAGGCUGCAUGAGAGCCUCCGACGUGAGAUCAUGCAGCGACAUCCGUCAUUCCCCCUCCCAGAGUCUCCUCCCACCGAACCCUCCUCUCUACUCAUGGAUCAAGCCACUCCCGGGUCGCAGUCCCACGUCCACUUGGCACCGCUGCCACUCAUCGACUUCAGCACCAACUCGACAGGUGAGGAAGCCUCCACCAUUGUUGCCCCAGUAAUGGAGCCAACAAUCCCGCCCUCUCAGACUGAAGCGGCAUUGGACCCUGCUCCUGCCAUUGCAUCGACAGUUCCCAUUGAUCCAGUUCACAGCCCGGCCAAUGAUGGCGCCUCCACCUUCGCAUCGGCUUUCGCACUUCUGGCCCCCCCGGCAAUGAACCCCACCCCAUUGGAGACUCCCGAGGAUGGCCCGAGCACCGGUGAGAUUGUUGAGCGUGGGUCGCCCCUCAACCUUCUUCCAGAAUAUGAUUCCGGUGAUGAGCAGGAUGCCGUGAUGGAAAUGUAG